AACAGGAAAAACCGGAGAGCAUGAGAAACAGAGAGAUGGAGAGAAGGAGGUGUGAGGUAUGAACGGAGGGUUGUAAAGAGCUGAGGACGUGGGAAAGGAAAAGAGAAUUUCAGGCUGAAAUCGCAGUUUGGGAUCGAUGCUUACAAUCCUAAGAGAAGCUAGACAGAAACUGAGAGGGUGGAAAUAUUGCAGCUGUAAUUGGAAGACGGAAGACAACUCAGUCAGAGGAGGGGUGAGAUAGUGUGUCAUUAUAAACAUGCUGUCAGUUUCUUCUUUGACUCAUUCCUUUUCCCUCUAUCUGAUUUCUGACUUAACAGCUCCACGAUCUCCAGGAGAUGCUUGGUAAACGGUGGUAACCAUGGAUCCUCUUCUUCCCUUUGGCGUUUCAUUCCCUGCAACAAGAAGAUCGUGACAAAUCCAGAAAAAGGAAAUGAAGAGGAACAUCAUUAGCCGACUCAAGAUUUCUCUGACUUCACUUCUCGUCAGAAUUACAUCUCAAGACUUUCAGGAAAGGAAGGGUCGCUGAUAAUAAUCUACUGAUGCAAUACUUUCAGGAACUGUCAGUGUGAGGAAAAACCCCUAUCCGUCACAAAACAGAGGUGUCAACACCUGCAGAAAAACCCAAAAGUCGGAGUUCAUUUUACUUAAAGAGCAUGGGACUAGGAGUUCAGUUGUCGCCUGGAAGUCAAACCCCCAGGAACAAAUGAGUAGCAGUGGAUUUGGCAGCAGCCCCAGCUUGCUCCAGGGCCGGCGUUUCUAUUGCCGGGAAUGGGCCCUGGAGAAGCUGCGGCGCUGCCUGGACGCUCGUUCUGUGCCGGGGCAGCCGCCGGGGCUGCUGGUUACAGGGGUCCCUGGUGCUGGGAAGACUGCUCUGUGCACUGAGGUGGUGUGGCCCACCUCGAAAGCAGGGGUGGCAGUCGGGCUGGCACCCCGCUGCCUGGCCUCGCACUUCUGCCAGAGGGAGGACCAGAGGAGCAUGGUGCUGUGGAGGUUCAUACUGAGCCUGGUGGAGCAGCUUAGGGUCUCACCGCUCCUCCCUCCUGGGUACAAAGAGAUCCUUAACAGCCCGUCUGUAUCCUCCUCUCUGGAGCCCAUCAACUGUCAAAAAGACCCUGAUGACACCUUCAAGAGAGCAGUGCUGGGGCCCCUGUUAGACCUUCCUCCUCCGACCCAGACUCUGAUGGUGUUGGUGGACUCCCUGGACGUAGGCUAUGGGGCAGGUGAAGAAGGCGGGAGGAGUUACUCCAUUGCACAGCUCCUUGCCGCAAAUACACACCUGCUGCCCAGCUGGCUGCUGCUGGUCUGCUCCAUCCGGCGCAACAACAAGGCUCUGUGCAAGAUGUUCUCAGGUUUUCGUAGGCUCUGUCUGGAUGAUCUCCGCAAACCCCCACCCGUCCGAGACGUGCAGCAGUACAUCCUCUGUCGGCUGGAUGAAGAUGCGACACUUCGCCGUCAGCUCACCCCUGACACGGCUGACAUGCUGAAUCUACUGCACAUCAAGAGCGGUGGCUGCUUUCUAUUCCUCGAGCGUGUGCUGGAUGGUGUGGCGGGUGCCCUGGUGGGUCUUCGGGAGAUCCGUGACAUUCCCGGGACUCUGAAUGGCCUCUACCUGUGGUUGUGCCAAAGACUGUUCCCCCGGGGGCUCUUUGUCUAUGUCAGGCCUCUCCUCAAUAUCCUAUUGGCUGCCCCGAGGCCCCUUACCCCUCAGCAGCUGUUUGAAGCAGCAUGGACGCAGGACACAUUGCUCAGCCUUCAGGAUUUCCAGAACAAGCUCCGAACUCUCACACCUCUCCUGAUCGAUGGCCCUGGUGGCACCAAACUACUUUUUCAUGCCAGCUUUGCUGAGUGGCUCACAGAUGUUAAAUAUUGCACACAGAAGUACCUCUGUAGCACGACAGAGGGUCACAGCAUGCUCGCAAUGGCUCUGACUUUACAGGGUCCUAAUUUGGACAAUGAGGACACUUGCCAGCUUGCUACACAUUUAGUUUGCUCGGGUCACCAUAAAGAUAACCCCUCAUUAUUGGCACUGUGGAUGCUGUGGACAGAUGUGCCCAUUCUUACUUCUAGCAGUAGAAGUAGCCUCACCUUAUCAAUAAACAAGCCUCCUGUUCUGGUCAGUCAAGAAGUCCUUCAGCUGUUAAUUAGGAGUGGGCUCGUCCCUGCAGCUUGUUUUUCAGAUGCCGAUACAAGUAUUGGAGUUCAUUGUACAGGUGAAGAGAUAAGUAGUUUAAGACAGGCUUUUGAAAGGGAUGUGUCUGUAAAGAAAAUGCUAGGCAGUGAGGUGUCUGUAAACCAGCCUGGUUCCACAGAUGGACAGACCUUGCUUGCCAGUGCAGCCCAGGAGGGUUCAUCAAAUUUAGUCGAACUUCUCCUGACAUACAGAUAUGAUCCACUGCUCAGUGAUCAACAGGGUCAAACUCCACUGACUUUGGCGUCCAGGCAGGGUCAUGUCAAAGUGUUGUCUGUGCUUUUGGAAUGGACCAAGAGCCAAGAACCAGAAAAUGCAGUGCGGAUGAUGGAGCAUGUCGACAAUGAAGGCUGGACUGCACUGCGCUCUGCAGCGUGGGGGGGCCACAGUGAGGCUGUCCGACUUCUUCUGGAUGCAGGGGCCGAUGUAGACGGAAGUGAUGCUGAGGGCAGGACCGCUCUAAGAGCUGCUGCCUGGGGAGGACAUGAGGAAAUUGUCCUUACAAUGCUGGACUAUGGGGCACAGGUGGACAAAGCAGACAGCAAAGGACGCACACCGCUUAUUGCUGCUGCCUAUAUGGGGCAUCAUGAACCUGUGGAGAUAUUGCUGGACCACAAUGCAAAAGUAAACUUAGCUGAUGGAGAUGGGCGUACUGCUCUGUCAGUCGCUGCUCUCUGUGUCCCUACAGCAGCAGGGGUCAAAGGUUAUGGGGAGGUAGCAAGUCUGUUACUAGAGCGUGGAGCAGAUCCAGGACACAGGGACCACAAUGGAAUGACACCAUUGCUUCUUGCAGCCUAUGAGGGCCAUGACGAUGUUGUUGAGCUUCUUUUAGAAGCUGGUGCUGAUGUAGAUGAAACUGCUGGCCCUAAAGGAAAUGUCUCUCCUGCAGCUGCUGUUACUGCCCUGCUGGCAGCCUCAGCCAUGGGCCACAUGAAGACAGUGUCACGGCUGCUUUUCUGGGGAGCAGCUGUUGAUGCCAUUGAUUGUGAAGGAAGGACAGCACUCUGCCUAGCAGCGGCAAGAGGCAGUGUUGAAGUUGUCCGCGCCUUGCUGGACCGAGGCCUUGAUGAGAACCACAAAGAUGACCUUGGCUGGACUCCACUGCACGCUGCAGCCUGCGAAGGCCACCGGGGUGUGUGCGCUGCUUUGACAGAGCGAGGCAGCAUGGCACGGGUUGGAGAGAUGGAUAUUGAAGGACGAACCCCUCUUAUACUGGCUGCCCAGGAAGGUCACUGGAGCACUGUCAGGCUGUUGUUGGACAGACGUUCUCCUAUUGACCACAGGGCGUACGAUGGACAUUCUGCCUUGAGUGCUGCCCUCCUGGAGGGCCAUACUGAUGUUGCGGAACUGCUUAUGAGAAGAGGGGCCGAUACCGAUGUCAGGGAUGCAGAAGGAAGGCCUCUGCUCUACCUCCUGGUGUUGGAGGAUCGCCUUGAAAAGGCCACUCUCCUAAUAGAGAAAGGUGGGGUGCCGCUUGAGUCCCGAGAUUCUGAGGGACGUACAGCACUUCAUGUUGCUUCCUGGCAAGGGUGUGUGGAGAUGGUAGACAUACUAUUAAAGCAUGGGGCAAACCCCAAUGCACAGGAUAGCGAGGGGAGACCACCAAUGCAUUCAGUGGCUUGGACAGGACACGCUGAAGUGGGACGUCGUCUCCUUGAAGCCACUGGUGUUAAUAUAGACCUUACUUGUCACCAGAGGGCAACAGCUCUGAGCAUCGCAGCACAGGUGGGACAUGCAAAUAUUGUUGGAAUGCUUCUGGAAACAGGUGCAAAUCCAAAUCACAUGGAUAAAUAUGGCCGCAGUCCAGUCAAAGUGGCUGGGAAAUACGGGCACUUUAAAAUUGUCAGGUUAUUGGAGAACUACGGAGCCAAGCCAUAUGUAGGCAUGCAUCCUAACUCUAGAACUGCCUCCCCUGUGAAACCUAACCAGCUCCUUUAUUCAGGCAUCUUGGAAAGUAAUGGAGUUGAAUUCACAGCUGCUACCUCCUCCUCCUCAAUAUCUUCCCCCGGCUCCUCAGCAAAACGAUUCCACUCAAUGCAGAGCUCCCAAACCUCAUCUACUGGACACUCUAUGGCCACCAUGCAGACCGUGCCAGCUGACAGCCUCAGCUUUAUUCAGCAGAUCCAACAACACUCACUUCCCCGCAGUCGUAGUCGUCCCUCCACCCUCCCCCCACCAGGGAGCUCAGGCAUGGGUAGCAUCAAUGGAAGCAUACACAAGCAUUCUAAAGGCAGCCCUCCGGCCACUGUCUGCACAGUCGCUGCCAUGGUGCACAACUGUGAACUGCCUCAGAAAGGCUUGUCGUCUGGACUUGAAUAUCACGACAAAAUGAACAAACAAAACUCAAACUUAAUAAAAGCGGAUGGGACUUUUUACGCUGGUGGCAAAUGGCACUCAGUAAUGGCUUCCCUUGGGAUAAGGCCAGUGCAAGACAGCCCUAAAAACAGAGAGAGUCCUCCUCUGGGAUACCCGUAUAUGUUACAGAGACCACUGCAAGGGCAAGUUUGGGAUUCUAAACCCCAGAAAAACAUUUUGUCCCCUGCUUGCUACAGUUUCACCCCGGACCCACCUUGUAGUGCCUUGCCUGAAGAUGCUAUGGUCGCUAUGACAACCACUGACCCGCAGCUUAAUCUGAAACAGGCCAUCAAACUGCAGUUUGAGGGUCCUACCAGUGCAGCCUUAUAUAAGAGAGAGACACCCCUGUGACUGGUGCUCCACGACAGAGACUAAGUUGGUUUCUGCUACACUGUCUUCACAAACUCUUUUAUUUCAUAGGUUUUUUGUUUAGUUUUAGUUAGCGCGGUAACAAUUAGGUCAUAGGUCAUUUUUUGUAUUUAAAAAUUUCAAUUGGCAGAUCAAUUGAUAAUUAAAACAAUACUUCUCGCGACAGCCCUCUUCAAAAAUCCAGAGGAAGAAAAACCCAAAUGACAAAGCUUACAUUCCUGCUUUUCCAUUGACUGUUGUGUAUGCUGAGCAGGGCUCUCUCAGACAAGAUCAAACUUAUCUAUUUGAAGUGUGAAGCAUAUCGAUGUUCAUUUUGAACGUUGACCUCAUGUAACCCUCCGUAUUUCUGAACAAAAAGGUUUAAGUUGAGUUAUGUUAAAUACAUUUUUGCAAGUUACAAUAAGCACUCAAUAACCUUGUUUAAGAGCUUGCUUGUGGCGUUGCUCUUUAUUAAAGCCUUGAAUAUUUACUUAAACUGGCUGUGGCCCUCUACAGGUUCAUUGCUAACAACCAAAAACAGUUUGCAUAAAGAGCAAGACUACCAAAGUCUAACCCAUUGCAGGGUUUAUGAUACAAACUAUAAAAGGCAGCCAAGUGUACUGAACCAACUUGACUCCCUCACAGUAUCAGUGUCUGUGAGCAAGUGAAAAUUGGACCAAAAUAACUGAGGGAGGAUGUGGGAAGAUUGUUGAUUUCAGACUUGUUUUUUCGACUAAAGAAGUUUCUAGUUUCUAUUUGAUUACAUUCAUUCAUUAAAGUGGCAAGUGGUGCCAUGAAAGUGUCGAACUC